AUGUCGUCAUCAUCAGCUCAAGCCCCAGGGGGAUUAAGAAGCGCAGCCAAAAGAAGAAUUGCAGCAGAUAAAAAGGCACAAUCCAGCAAUGCUAUGCCAUUAUCAACUAGAUCAGCCGGAGCCGGAGGAUCAUCUGCCACCAUGAUGAAAUUGUUCACCGACGAAGCUCAAGGUUUAAGAGUUGACCCAUUGGUUGUGUUAUUCUUGGCCGUUGGGUUUAUUUUCUCUGUGAUUAUCUUACAUGUUUUUGCUAAGAUUACUGGUAAAUUUUCGUCUUAG